AUGGCACCUAAAAAACAAAAAGUAGCUCCCGAGCCACCGGAUGAAAACGCUUGGAAAACGGUCAUUCAAGAAGCACCGAUAGAUGAAGAAAAUUUUGCGGUUAAAGUAAUAAUACUUGAAUCUGCUGGUAGUGAACAAGAACGGAUUUAUCUCAAUAAAUUUGAAACAUUUGCCGCUGAAGAAAAACGUUUUGUUAUCAAAAACAUUUGUAAAAGUGAGACAAUAUUUAUGAUAAAUCAACUAGGUGCGGAGAAAAAAGUUAAAGAUGAAAAUCUUAGAAUUUUCGAAGAAGCUCAGUCGUAUCUAAAAGAUAGGAAAGAUAUUCCAGCAGAUGUAUUAUCUUUAGUAAUUAAACAUCUUAUAAUGAAAAUGAAAGACGAGUACCUCUAUAUUCAACGUCAGAAACUUGAAGUUAAAUUUGGUAUGCAAAAAGAAUCUAUCACUAUGCUUGAUCAAGGAGAAGUGAAGGGUACUGCAACUUCAAGAACACGCCUGGACGCCAGUCAUAGUAAGAGUCGAAUGAAGGAAGGCGACGGAGACGGUCGUCCGGACAACAAAAAAUACAAAACCCAACUUAGAGUGAGGGGUGAGGAAUGGAGAGAUAAAGUAUACGUCGACGACUAUCCUACCGACGGACCCAAUAUUUAUGUCGCUGUAACAGGUUUUGUAGACCCUUACCUACCAUCAUGUUUAGUUAAAGCUAACAUACCAUUGACAGCAAUAGUGCAAAUAAGAAUAGAUCCAUCGACCACUUCGAUACCAUCUAGUUUAUUACGAACCACAAAAAGAGGUCAAAGUCAAACAGAAUUAUUAACUGAAAAAUCUAUGAAAUUUUGGGAAGAUUUACAGUUAUUGCGAAUACGAAGAGAGACUGUUGACGAUUUUAAGGAAACUGCUUUUAUUGUAUUUUCUCCUCCGUAUUGGAAUUCAGAAAAUCUGUCUGGGAAUCCCGAUAAAAUAUAUGACGAACUGUGUUAUCUUAUGUACGACAUUCAGGAUUUGUCUAGGCAACAUGUUCAUUAUAAAGAAAACAUGCACAUUAUUAAUAUACCUAAUGAUGUUGGCAAUUCACAUCUCAACAGACAAUAUGAAAAACAAAUAGCUGACCUUCCUCUGGAAUGUGUAACCAUGUAUUCAUUCUUAGAUGUUCUUCUUCAAACAGCAUGCAACGCUCAAGAUUAUGAUGAUGAGACUAGUAGAAGUUCAUUAUCAACAGCUGCUACUAUAAAUCCCUUACCUUACUAUCAUCACAAAAAUUUGACUGAAGAACAUAAGCUUAACAUUUCUGAACAUCUGGUGAAGAAUCUUUUUAAUACAUUAUGUAAUACGGAGGCUACUAAAAAAACGUACCGCCUAACGUACGGAGAAGAAUAUGAAGAUCAUAAAGAUCCUAUUGUGAUCGAUUAUGGGGAUUUUGUUAAAUAUAAUACGUUUCAAUUAGGAAAUAUAAAUUUAGAUAACAUCGUCUACUCCUCCUUGCUUGGUAUGCCUACAAAUAAUUUAUGGAAGAAUCAAAGUCGACCAGAUGGUGAACUCGAGGCCAAAGUUAAUUUUCAUGUAAAUGUUUUAUUGUCAUGUUUUGAAAGAGAGGACGUUGAAACCGCUGAGUUGAAUAGACUGCUUAAUAUUUUAGCUUGCCGCAAAUUGUAUAAUCAUCGAAGUUCAUUAAAGAAGCGGCAUUUACCAACGACCUCUAUAACAGAGUUUAAGAAAACUUAUUUAAAGCGUAGUCUUGUUGCUGAACCUCUUCCUGCAUGCCCUUCUUUAGCUGGUAGUGGCCAAAAUCUAUCUCCAUCUUUUCCGUCUAUGACAAAGAGUGAAAAUGAUUAUGAAUGCGCAUAUUCCCCAGAAGACCCUGAUCCCGAAAUCCGUCGAUUGAAACACCUUUUCGAUUGUCCAGAUAUAAGUGGCUUAGUCACAGCUGCUGAAAUCGAAAAUAAUCAACCUAUCUCCAAGCACAACAUUAUAGACGAUUAUGACUUUUUUGAAGAUCUUUCUGGAACCUGUGCUUUUCAAAUUUUACGUGAUGCAUUUAAUAAAUUCAACUGUGUUGACUACAAACAUUGUGAGGUCACUGAUUGUUUUAUACUCAUGUUUUUCAAUAGUCACGACAAAGAAGGUAUAGCACGUGAGGAGUGGCGAUGUCAUUUAACAACACCUCUUUGCUUGCAAGAUUUUUUUGAUUUCAUUUUAGAAGAGCAUUAUGACUGGAUACAAAACGAAGAGAAAAUUUACGAUGAAAAUCUUUUAUCCCAGGUUAAUUCAGAAUCUAAAGAUGUUAUUGAUCCUCAUGCAUCACAAACUUGUCUAGAAACUACUGAUGUCGAAACAGAAUUGCUAAUGGACGGUUCCAUAAAACAUGACACACUUAAAAAAGAACGUAUUCUCCGAGAUGCAGACCCAACAAAUAAUUCAUUUCAAAAAUCGAGGUCACAGCUUUCCAUUGAUUUACUUUCAAAAAGUAGUAAAAAAUUUAGAACAUCUACCUCACAACCAACGGUUGGACAAGGAAUCGCAGAAUUUCAAGACUCCAUUGAUACGAGCAUACCUACAAAACCUUUCUUAGGUUACGACUUGGGAGAUAGAAGAGUCGAAGUUUUUGGAAAAGACGCUGUAUUUUUUUCCAAAGAUGGUACUAAAGUGACAAGUUUUUAUACUUUGCUUAUACCAUAUAACUUGGAAUACAUAGUCCUAAACAUUUUACCUGGAAAUAGUUACAAUGAAUUUUGGUUACAUAAAGCUUUAGGUGAGUAUGUUCCACCAAGUAUCAAAGAUGCUUGUGACUCGUUUAGAAUUACAAGUAAGGAUCAAGUUAUGAUGUAUUUUAAAAAGCAAUUGUAUAGUGUGCCAAUAAUGCCAGAUAUUAAUAAUGAAAACACGCCACCUACUGAGAAAAAAAGGUCAGGAGUUGAUAAAGAGAGCUCUGCUAUAGUACAGUUGUAUGAAACUAAACAAUACCACUCUCUUUAUGUUACUUGGCCUAACGGUUUGGUUACAGAAACAGUAUAUCUGGAAAAUUCAUCUAUACUUUCACAUAUCAAACUAUAUCAUACUUGCCGAAUGCCACAUCUUGAUGAGGAAAUGCGAUGUAUUAGUUUAAACGGUGAAGUAAUUAUUUUUAAAGAAUCUGGUGUAAUUGAAAUUCUUAGGCCAGAUGGAACUUAUAUUAAAUUAACAAAUUAUUAUAAAAGAGUGGUCCCUCCUCCUGACCAGGAAGUGAAAGAUACUCCUUCGGAGAAGGGUAAGAGAAAAAGUAAGGGAAGAAUAAGCAAAGCAUCAUCAAAAUCUACCAGCAGUCGGGUAAAAGUAUCGCAGGAUGAUAAUAAACCAUUGGACGAUAAACCACCGGAAUAUGAAAUUGUAAUUAACGAUUUUGAAAUCAUAGAAACCACAGGUUUGAGGCAAAAGUGGAUAAAUAAUGUUUCUUAUAACAUAGAAAAAUUGCUUAUUCGUACGGCUUCCGAUUACUGCUUGGGAGAAGUUUUUUCCAGACGCAUGGAUGGAACAAAUAUUUUAGUAAAUAAAGAAGGCAUGCAAAUUGUUACAUUUCCUGACAAAACAAGAAUAAUUUCCUAUUACGAAAUUGAUGAUGAAGAAGUCUACCCAGAAUGGACAGAUGUGGAAAUGGAAUACUUUGAAAUGUUUGAUCCUGAUACGAUCGAAGACGGCAGGUCUAAACUAUCAGUUUCGCAAAAAAGUUAUACAGGUGCUGCGUACACAUGCGAAAGCAGUGCCUCAACGUUUUCAAAAAAAUUAGAGGAGGAAGAGUCGAAAUAUAAGAAACGAACAGAUGGUUACGUUUUGGUGCAUAUUGUAUAUUCAAUAGAACAUCAAAAUUUUAGUACAAUCACAAUAAAUAAUGUUACUGGCAAGGUAUCUGUGGACUCACCGAAUGAAACAACUGUGGUGGUAGACAAAAACAACAACUACGAGAUAAAAUUAGAUAAUGGAACAUCGGCUAGUUUUAAUGGAGAAUUUUUAAACAUAUCUUACGAGGCGUGUUCUGAAUGUAGUGCUUUCACACACUGCAACGUAAAAAUAAUGAAUAAACCUGAAGACGAUGCAAUAAAUGACGAAUUAAUAAAAGUUGAACCAAAUUGGCUCAAAAUGACAGAUUCUUUUAAGGUACAAAUCGUAGUAAAUGAAGAAGGUGCUAUUAGCAUCUCAGAAGAAUCGACGGCUUCCGAGGACGAACGAGCGGAGAAUUUACUUAAUGAAGAGGAAAGGACAAAAGCACCAAAUGACACCGAAGAAAAAGAGCCUGACGUGAAAUCUGAGAGUUCCGUCGUUUCUCAUGGAAAGUGCAGAGAGAUGUACUUAGCGAAAAAAUUCAGAUUUUUUAUCCUGAAACGUGAACUACAUUGUGCAGAGCUUCUCCAUAGAGCAUUACUGGAUGAAUACAAGCGUUCUUGUCGAUGGAAGCCUUGGUGUUCUAUCAAUUAUUACGAUACAUUUGGAGAUCAUAGAAACCUUGUGUCGAUUCUAACUCCGGUCCAUCGGACGGAAACGGAGAAAUGGUUGAUGGAAUCGAAAUUGGCUAACAAACCCAAGUUUCUCCAAUACAAAGACCUGAAAAAAGAUUCUGGAAAAGGGUUUUACCACUGGAUGAGACCUUACGAUAGAUUUGUCGCUGAGCCUACAAGGCCAUGCAAUGUUUUGCCAGAGCGUCUCCCUAGAGCCUUUAUCCUUAGGACUUUAGAACAAGAAUGGAAUGAGACACAAAGGGAGGAACUAGGAGGAGCAAAGGAGUUGAUCAGGGCUGUGCUCCGGUACCGAUGUAUUAUGGAGUCUGACAGCGAGACCAUCCUGAGCGUCCCUAUUAUAGACUCCAGAGCUGAAGACGAGCGAAAAAUUGAUGACAUUAUACAAGCCCUUGCACAUAAGAUAUACGAAGAUCUAAAGGUUACAAUGUCUGACGAAAUUCAGAGACGAUCUCGACCUUCCAUUACGACGAAACCAGCUCCAGAACCCGAAGACUUGUCUGCUGAACUUGAAGAAUUGGAAGACGAUGAAGCAAAGCAACUAGAAGAAGAACGGGAAAGUUCUCUGAGAGAGGUUGAAGAAGCAGAGCAUAUGAGCCCCUGCCUGGAAAGAUAUUGGCGUCGCCGCAACGAGGAGUACAAAGAGGAACAAUUUUAUAUGUACCUUCUCCGAGAAAGCAGUGUUCCGCCAUACUUUAAAAAUGUUCUUGGCGGUGCUAUUUGGUGGGACGUGAACAACGCGACCGGAGAUGCAGUCUGCAUAGCUGAACGGCGCAAGAUGAAGUGUGUUUGUGCUGUCGAAGAAGAAACUACUACUGCCAGUGACAUUGUAAAUCCUUUCAUGUAGACAUGCCAUGUUUUUUGGGGUUCAUCACCAUUAACAAACGAUUCUUGAGAGUCCACCACUAAACUAUCGAUAUUGAUCUUGGAUAUCUCUACGUUGGGGUUGGGGAAGCGAGUUGGAGAUCGCAGUUUAAAAGGAUUACGGUUACCAUAGAACGCUACUGCCCAGCCUCCGUUGAGUAAUUUCGUUGUCCUGAGCGUACGGCGCGUCGCGUUCCGCGCGCGCCUCAAAGAGCCAUCAGACCACCACAGAUGGAGCCCAACAGGGCUAAUGCCGAUACGGAGCCGCGGAAGACUUAACGGGUUGCCGGGGUUCCGGCUCGAAGUGCAGAAGUAGGAACGGGGUUAUUGGAUGAUUACCCCACUCAAAAAAAAAACGUAGGCCCUUGUUGUUUUUUGUUUAUUUUCUAAUUAAUUUCGUUGCGGGAUCCAAGACAGUUAUUCAUGUCCCUGAGGUGCACCGGACUUCAGUGUUCUGAUGAUUUCAUGGCUUUAUUUACUGAAGAUGGCUUACGGGAGUUGCAGCGGUUUUGGGAAGUUGCGGCGGGCUUGUCCCAUUCAAAUAAGUCCCUUGUUCGACUCUUAGCUACGAGUCACCAACGGAAAGAGCUGAGGUGGUUGGUGAUAUGUUUGUACUCUUCUAAGUAGGGUGUUUUGAAGUUUUAGUGAUCUGUUUUCUAAGCAUUAAGUGCUGUUUUAGUUUUCACUGUUUAUUUUCCUCAUUAAGCUUCUUAAGUGUUUCUGAGCGUCGAAACUUGAUUAAGAACUUAAUUUGUUUGAUUGUGUCAAAAUAUACUUGGGUAUUUCGUUUUCCAUUAAUCCUUAUUGACAAUAGUGUUUAGGGAAGUCCCAUUAUUUGUUAUUUUUUUCUUUUUCAAUGGCGUAUGUUUGCUCACACUCUGUUCUUUUAUACCUUGCCCGAGUGUUGUUUGUUUCAAAUGUGGAUUGAAGUAGGACAGUACCUAUGUCUAAUGACAAUGGUGAUGAAUGACAUGAUAAGUACAAUUACUUACUUUCCACGUUAGGUAAGUGUAGUGUGGACCCUGAAGAGCUUUAGUUUUGGUACUUUAGUUGACUGUGAUUUAUAUUUAUCGCCUAUUUUAGAGGUAACUGAUGUCUUCUGACUUAUUACAUGGGCUGAAAAUUCUUGGCCUUAUACUGAAAAUACAAAAAGGUUGUGUGACUGUGAUCCACAAAUUGUUGUUCUGCGUUUUAACGUCAUGUGUGUAAACUUGUAUUUUUGUGACACUGAUUUUGAACAAGUUUUUCUCAAAGUCUUAUGCAACAUAAAACCAACACAUAACUAUUUCUUUUCUUAACUUUACGAUAUCAGGCAAUUUAAGCUUAUGAACUUCACUUCUCAAUCAUUCAAAAUUAUUUCGUGGGCUCUUGUGAUGAUUUCUUGUACCUAUUACCGCUUCAUUGCGACCGUCUGUCCUCAUAUCACCAAAAAAAGAAGUGCAAUGCAAUAAAAAGUGCCAUUUUCGUAGGAGGCACAGAUCUUUCCAGCCCGUGUGAUAAAAACAGUGACAUUGGAUAAUUUUGUUUCUUGAAAUAUGUAUUAAAAAAAUAAAGAUCUAAUUAAGACAUUUUACUAA